UUGUAUGAUUCUUAAAACAAACAAACAUAGUAAUGGUUCUUUGUUUACUUAUAUUGUUAUUGAUGGUGAUUUACUCAUUGAGGAAAAAUACCUUAGACACUUUAAGAAACUUUUUAUAAGAGAUCAUUGAAGUAUUAAUUUUAUAUCACUUUUGUCUUUCAUCAAAAAAAGACAUACUCCUUUGAUAUAUUUUUACCAAUGUUUGCUUAUUUUUAAGUACACAAAACAUAAAAAAUAAUGGACUAUAAUAGCCACUGUGAGCAAAAAUUAGUUGCUAUUGGCUUUCUUUAGAACUCGUGCGAAACAGGCCUGACUGUGAAAAUAUCACGACCUGACUGUGAAGAGCUGUCAGAACAGAAGACAAAAUACCCUUCCUAAUAACCUCGGCAAAAUCUGUGAAGUCGAUUGUGGAUAAUGGAUAUUUGUUACGUGUUUCAAAUGCUGAGUGAAAUUAUGAUUGUGUAAUUUGUUGCUUGUGUGUAAUUAGGGCCGGUUUACCACGAGAACUGUGACUGUCCUUCGGAAGAUAGUGCCGCCUGGCUACAGGAGAUGAACUGCCCAGAAACCAUCGCUCAGAUUCAGAGAGACCUGGUGCAUUUCCCUACUGUUGAUCCAGAAAAGAUUGCAGAAGAAAUCCCAAAGAGAUUUGGACAGAGGCAGAGCUUGUGCCACUAUACCGUGAAGGAUAACAAGGUGUAUAUCAAGACUCAUGGUGAACAUGUAGGUUUUAGAAUUUUCAUGGAUGCCAUACUACUUUCUUUGACUAGAAAAGUGAGGAUGCCUGAUGUGGAGUUUUUUGUUAAUUUGGGAGAUUGGCCUUUGGAAAAAAAGAAAUCCAGUCCACACAUUCAUCCGAUCUUUUCCUGGUGUGGCUCCACAGACUCCAAGGAUAUCGUGAUGCCCACCUACGACCUGACGGACUCUGUUCUAGAAACCAUGGGCCGAGUAAGUCUGGAUAUGAUGUCUGUGCAAGCUAACACGGGUCCUCCCUGGGAAAGCAAAAACUCCACAGCUGUCUGGAGAGGCCGAGACAGCCGAAAAGAGAGACUUGAGCUGGUUAAACUCAGCAGAAAACACCCAGAGCUCAUAGAUGCUGCCUUCACCAACUUUUUCUUCUUUAAACACGAUGAAAGCCUCUAUGGUCCCAUUGUGAAACACAUUUCAUUUUUUGAUUUCUUCAAGCACAAGUAUCAAAUAAACGUGGAUGGCACUGUCGCAGCCUAUCGCCUGCCAUAUCUUCUAGUCGGCGACAGUGUUGUGCUGAAGCAGGACUCCAUCUACUAUGAACACUUUUACAAUGAGCUGCAGCCCUGGAGACAUUACAUUCCUGUUAAAAGCAACCUGAGCGAUCUUUUAGAAAAACUUAACUGGGCAAAAGAUCACGAUGAAGAGGCAAAGAAGAUAGCAAAAACAGGACAAGAAUUUGCAAGAAAUAAUCUCAUGGGUGAUGACAUAUUCUGUUAUUACUUUAAACUUUUCCAGGAAUAUGCCAAUUUACAAGUGAGUGAGCCCCAAAUCCGAGAGGGCAUGAAGAGGGUAGAACCGCAGACCGAGGAUGACCUCUUUCCUUGCACAUGCCACAGGAAAAAGACCAAAGAUGAACUCUGAUAUGCAGAAUACCUUCCCUUCAAAUAAUGGUGCUCUGAAGACUCUUCCUAACUGAAAAGAAGAAUGUUUUUUUAAAAUAUUAAUUCUAUGGACAAUAUAAAAUAUGCUAUGUGAUUGUCUGGGUCAUGAAGAUAUAUUUCUUCUUCUUAUGCAGUAUUCCCAUGACUGUCUUUUAAAGCACAUUUUUAGAAUUUUAUAAUAAAACCACUUUUAUUU